GACUGCACAUUUGGAGUUGAGGACAGCUUGCAGGUUUUGGAGAAAAAGGUGCUGUGCGCCUGGGAUUUGGUGUCAGGGACACCUUUGGUUGAAGAGUGGAGCCGCUACCCAGUUCAUACUGGUAGCGGAGGAUCAUCGACCGUGUCUUCUUCUGCAGCCGUCACAGUGUCGCUUGCCUCCAAUGCCCAGUCCUCUGACAGCUGUAUGCCAGAAGAGUUCAUGGACCUUCCCGAAGUGCUCGAGAUUGAGAUGAAGUUGCACCAGCAGGCCAAGACUUCCAACCUGCACCAUGAAGCGCUCCACCAAAGCAAGCGCAUUUUGCGCCCUGAAUGCAAGCCGAGUGACCAGACGGUAAUCAAGGUGAAGUCCAACCUCAAAUCAACAUUGACUCCACCACUGGAAGUCCUGUUAUCCAUAGGAAUGACUCAGCAGGUCCCAAUACUCAGAAGUUUUGCGCUCAAGAUUGUGACGCUCCAGCUCAUUCGAAAACACCGCCUGUUCAACAUGGCCAGCUUUGCUCAGAGACUGGCCAAAGCUCAGUCCUCUCUGCCUCCUGCGGAAGAGGAAUCCAUCGAGCACCUGACGAUGGAAGACCUGAAGGGAGAGUUGAUGACGUUCGGGAAAGCCCACGUCGGCAAGCCCUACGAGGAGAUAUGGUCCAAUCACCCGGAUUGGGUACGAUGGUUUGCGGCUCACUAUUUCAACAGCAGCAAGAUGGAACAUCGCAAGAUGAUCAGGUACAUUCACCUCAAGAUCGAAGAGACAGAGAACACAGAGGGACCGACACAGAUGCCCAUUGCCAAGGCAAAGAGCCUUCCGAAAUCACUGGCCGCACGUCCCAAGGUGAUGCCAGCCAGUACAACUCCCAGGACAUGGCCAGUGGAGUCCGAGACAGACCCCUUCGAAGUGAUGAGCGAGACCCCUUGGAUUGCCGGAGAAGAAGCCCGAGAAGAGAUGCACGGCCUUCAGGCCAGGAUGUUGAACAUGGAGAAUGCCAUGCAGAAUCCCAGAGACUGCAACGGCCGAAUGGGACGAACCCUGGAACAAUUGAUUGAGGACUAUGGCCGUAGCGACUGGGCACUGAAGGCCGGGGAAAUUGACAGAAAGGGAACCGAUAGGAGAUUUGAACCACCAAGUGACAUCAAUCCUGAAGAGGCACCAUAUCGCCGAUCCAUCAUUCGACUUCGCAAAGAUCAACAAAUCAUUUUGGACCCAGCAUGGGAGAGGUAUGACAUUUUGUCCAAAAGACAGAUCAUCCGUCAGUCUCCAGCCUGUCGAGUGAAUAUAACGAUGUUUGCAGCCGUGAAAGCAGAGGACCACCAGAGUCCAAUGCCCAGUUCCGAAACCGUGCCUGAAGCUGAGUCCCCAGAUCAGCCCGCCGCCGAUGACGGUACAGCCAACCCAGAAAGCCUCAAAUGGGAAAAUCCAGAAAAUCAAAUCAAUGAAAAUCCAAGUGAAGAAGAUCCCAACAAAGUUGGUCCAGACAUUGUCAGAAAGCCAGCACCCGUGGAGAAGGAUCGAAGACCGCCAUCAGCAGUAUCGCCAGCCAUCGAGCUCAGGGAGCCCAAUCUUGAUGCGGCGGGAGGGUGGCGUUUGAUGCCAUUUGGUUGCGGCUUGGCUGUGCAGAGGACUGCACAUUUGGAACUGAG